AUGAAAUUCACUAAUACAUUCGUUUCUGUUGCUACUGCUUCUUCUAUUUUCUCUUUGGCUAAGGCCCAAAGUAACUAUACCCUUCCUUCUUCCUCUGGAUUAAUUUCUGCAGUUGCUCCAACUACUUCAUUAUUACCUUCAAGUGACCUUGAAACUACUUCAGUUCCACCAAAGGUUUCUGACUUAGCUUCUUCCGUACCACCAGCUGUCUCUUCUGCUUCUGAAAUCGCUCCUGUUGAAAGCACUACUUCUCAAUUAUCGGAAGAAGUUGUCAACACUACUGCUAACGGUACAACUGUAGAAGAAUGGGAAACUGUAACUGCUUAUACUACUUAUUGUCCAUCUUCUACCACUAUCGUUCAAAACGGUAAGACUUACACUGUCACUGGUGAAACCACUUUAACAAUCACUGAAUGUCCAUGUACUGUUUCUAAGAGCAAGAACAGCACUACUUUAGUAGUUUCUACUCCAACUACCACUCCUUUGGCUCCAGCUCCAGUUACCACUAAAUCAACCGUUGUUCCUCAAAACACAACCAAACCAUUAAUCACACCUCCAUUAAUCACCCUCGAAGCUUCUUCUCCAGUUAACUACGUUUCUGAAAAUGUCACCACUACUGAAUACGAAACCGUUACUGCCUUCACUACUUUCUGCCCACACCCAACUACUUUUGUUCAAAACAGCGUUACUUACACUAUCACUGAAGCCACCACCUUAACUAUCACUAAAUGUCCAUGCACUGUUCCAAAGGUCUCCACUACUCCAAAGACCACUUACGCUCCACAAGUUACCAAGGCUCCAGCUCCACAAGUCACUUACCAACCAGUUGUCACAAACAUUGCUGAAGUUACUGAAAAUGUUAACAUAGAUGUUACUAUCACCAAGACUUUAACUACUACUAACAUGAACGGUCAAACUAUCGUUGAAACAACUUGUGUCACCGUUGAAACCCAAGAAUGUGCUUCCACCGUUGUUAACACUGUUAAGGCUGCUCCAGUUACCACUUUACCAUCUAUCUUCACUGCUAAUGGUGCUAUUGCUAACGGUGUUCCAUCAAUCGUUGGUUUUGCUGCCGCUGUUAUGUUCUUAUUUUAA